AUGAGGGACUUAUCAUCAAUUCAGUCACUUGUUGCCAACACGGGCCCUUUCAAUGAAUAUCUGGAUAUUUAUUCCCCAAAAGACUCGUUCGAAGCACUUGAGUCGAGUAAAAUUCUCGUUAUUGGAGCUGGAGGUUUAGGCUGUGAAAUUCUCAAGAACUUAUCCAUGACUGGUUUCAAGGAUAUACAUAUUAUAGAUAUGGAUACUAUUGAUUUGAGCAACUUGAAUCGUCAGUUUCUUUUUCGUCAUGCCGACAUUGGCAAGAGCAAAGCUGAGGUUGCUACAAAGUAUAUCCUCGAAAGGAUUGGCAACCCUGACUUGAAAAUAACGCCUCAUUUCCAAAAGAUUCAGGAUAUGAAUCUAGAUUUUUAUCGAAGUUUUCAGGUUAUUAUUAGCGGACUAGACUCAAUUGAAGCAAGAAGGUGGAUCAACUCGACAUUAUACGGGUUGGCACAAGAUCAAAACUUGAUCAUCCCCUUGGUGGAUGGGGGUACUGAAGGAUUUCGUGGGCAAAGCAGGGUGAUAAUACCGACAUUGACUUCGUGUUUUGAGUGCUCUUUGGAUUUGCUUAGCACACAGGUAGCUUACCCAGUAUGUACAAUUGCAAAUACACCUCGGGUACCCGAGCAUUGCAUUGAGUGGGCAAGUCAAUUGGAAUGGAAUAAGCAGUUUCCGGGAAAAAAAUUUGAUGCUGAUGACCCUGACCAAGUCGAGUGGAUGUACCAGACUGCAAGGACUCGGGCAGCAGAGUUUGGCAUUGACGGAGUGACAAAAAGCUUAACGUUGGGUGUUGUCAAGAAUAUAAUACCAGCAAUUGCAUCCACAAACGCCAUUAUUGCUGCCAGUUGUUGCAACGAAGUUUUCAAAAUUAUCACCAACGUAAAUCCGAUUUUGGACAACUACAUGAUGUAUUCAGGAGAUGAUUCCAUAUUCACCUACACAUACUCAUACACAAGGAAACAAAAUUGCGCCGUAUGUGGAACCAUUGCCAAAACUGUCGCUGUUCAAAAGUGGUGGACACUACAGCAAUUUAUUCACGAAAUCAAAUCCAAGCAAGAAAUUCAAAUGACAAACCCCAGCUUGACUGGUGGUGACAAGUAUCUUUACAUGUCAAGCCCUCCUGCAUUGGAGGAAGCUACCAAGGGUAACUUGAGCAAAAAAAUGAGAGAUUUGGUUCAUACAGGAGAAGAAAUAGUCAUUACCGAUCCAAACUUACCCAUAUCGCUAAGAAUAAUCAUUCACUUGGAAGGAGAGGAUGAAGAUCCAGAGUUUAAUAUACAUGCAUAG